CAACAAAAAUGCAAUCAAAUUGUAAAUCAACUCCCAAAUUUAUCAAGAACUGAAAAUGAAAAUCGAAAGAAGAACGAAAAAACAUGAACCCAGCAUUGAAACCCAGCCUCAACGAAACCAGCAAGGCUAGAUUUGUGCGACCAGCAAGGCUAGGUUGGUCGAAACCCAACCUUGCUAGUCGUGUGAACCCAGCAGCUGAGUUCAUCGAAACCCAGCCUUGCUGGUUACGCGAACCCAACAAGGCUGGGUUCGGGCAGCCAGCAAGGCUAGAUCUACAAGGUUUGUUCAUCUUGCUUGAACCCAGAUCUUGCUCAAACCCAGAUCUUAGAAAAAUGGUCAAACAAAGGAUGGGAGGGGAUGAGAGGGGAAGGGACGAGAAGUUGGCACCAGAAAAAGGAAAAGAGAAGGAGAAGCUGCCGGAGACAAGGAGAGAGAAGGAGAAGUUGUCGAAGUUUAGAGUUAAUGAAUAAAGGGGAGAAAAGAGGAAAUCAGGGGAAGAAGAUGAAGUUAAGGGCAUUUAUGUAGUUUUGAAGUUUUUAUUAUUUAUUAAAUGAAGUGGGUAAAGUUUA